AUGGGGUUGUGCUUAGAAAAGAUAGAGAAGUCUAUUUCCUAUAUGGAUGAGACGUACGAUGCAAACUUUGGGGAGUGGAUAAGAAACGAAGACAAUGCACGCAUUGUUGCAUACAACAUGAAGAAGUAUGUUGAUAGCUACAAGACGUCGGACUUCAUAAUUGUUGUGAAGUGGAUAGUCAAGGACUGGACGCUGAAGUCUAUAAUAAUUUUCUCCAAGAAAAUGCUGGUGGAAGACAUCAAAGCCCUGAGCUUCAGAAGAUCCAACGAAGAUAGAGAAAGGUACAACAAAAGGAUUAGGAUAAUCUCAGGACUUAUCUUUACAUGGAAUCCUGUGUUCAUCACAGAGUUCAUAGUUUCGAUAACAAGGUCUUUUUCGACGAACGAAAAGUCGAAGCUGCUGACCGGCCUGUUGGAAGUGUUUGAGCCUCGAAAACUCUCGGAGAUUCUAUCCCAGCUUGAAGCAAAGAUCGAGCAGAAAACUUGGAAUGAGCUAUUCAAGAUCUUCAAUGAGGAGGCAUUUAAAAAGUCUAAACCAAGGAGCAAGCGAACAGCCAGUAUACUGCGAGCAUAUAACUUAUCUUAA